GAUUCAACUGGCUAGCUCAUAUCCUUGACAGAGACUGUGUUAAUAUAAGAGCAAGGCUCUUGGAGCAUGGGCCAGUCUGUAGGAAUUUUGCCUCACGAGGUGACUCAUUGGUUUUAUUCUCCCUUUUCUCAGGGCCAUGUUAGCCAGGGGUGGCGUGCGUUUGCCAGCUUUAGCCAAUCCCAGCAGCCUGUGGAUCCUCUCCCCUACUGAGAAUAGCCAGAUCCUCGGCAACCGCAGGGCUUACACAGCCGCUGGCGAGGUGUACUCUCCUUCCCUCCAAAGGAAGGUGGCCCGGUCCUUCAGCGAGCUCCCAGGCAACUGGAGAACAGGCUGGCUUAACCUCUUUCACUUCUGGCAGGAGGGUGGCUUCCACAACGUCCACAACAUCAUGAUCCACAAGUUCCAGAAGUUUGGACCCAUUUACAGGGAGAAACUCGGUCUCUACCAGAGUGUGAAUAUCAUUAACCCUGAAGAUGCUGCUACGCUCUUUAAAUCGGAGGGCAACUACCCAGAGAGGUUCAUGGUGCCACCUUGGAUGGCCUACCGUGACUUCCGCAACAAACCAUAUGGAGUGCUUCUCAAGAAGGGAGAGGCCUGGCGCUCCGACCGCCUCAUUCUGAAUAAAGAGGUACUGUCCCUGCAGGUGAUUGACUGCUUUGUGCCCCUGUUGAAUGAGGUGAGCGAGGACUUUGUCAAGAGGGUCCGAGUCCAGAUCGAGAAGAGUGGCCGGGGAAGGUGGACGGCCGACCUCACCAAUGAGCUGUUCCGCUUCGCCCUGGAGUCCGUGUGCAACGUCCUGUAUGGAGCACGCCUUGGGCUCCUGCAGGAUUUAAUUGACCCUGAGGCGCAGAAUUUCAUCGAUGCCGUGACCCUGAUGUUCCACACCACCUCACCCAUGCUCUACAUCCCACCCAGUGUGCUCUGCAGGAUCAACUCUAAAACCUGGCGGGACCAUGUGCAAUCCUGGGAUGUGAUUUUCAGGCAUGCUGACAAGUGCAUCCAGAAUACCUACCGAGAGCUCCGGCUGGACCGGAAAAGCACCAAGGAAUAUACUGGCAUUCUGUCCAGCCUCUUAGUACAGGACAAGCUGCCCAUCGAUGACAUCAAGGCCAACAUGACAGAGAUGAUGGCGGGCGGGGUGGACACAACUUCCAUGACCCUCCAGUGGGCCAUGUUCGAACUGGCUCGCACUCCAGUGGUGCAGGAGCAGCUGCGGGCAGAGAUCUUUGCGGCCAGACAGGCAUCACAGGGCAAUAUCCUGAAGAUGUUGAAAGCCAUCCGGCUGCUCAAAGCUGUCAUCAAGGAAACACUCAGGCUCCAUCCAGUGGCAGUGACCCUACAGAGAUACACAACACAGGAGAUUAUCCUCCAGGACUAUUUCAUCCCCGCCAAGACUCUAGUGCAGGUUGGAAUUUACGCUAUGGGCCGUGAUCCCAAGUUCUUCACCAAGCCAGAGCUGUUCGACCCGGCGAGAUGGCUGAAAAUGGACUCUACAUACUUUAAGGGGCUGGGGUUUGGCUUUGGGCCACGCCAGUGCCUCGGUCGCAGGAUUGCUGAGCUGGAGAUGCAGCUCUUCCUGAUCCAUAUGCUGGAGAACUUCAAGAUAGAAACCAAGAGAGGAGUGGACAUUGGUACCAAGUUUGACCUCAUCCUGAUCCCAGACAAACCCAUAUGCCUUACGUUACGGGCCUUGGACUCCCAGCCAUGAAUGGAACAGAAGCUACCGCUCCCCACUGAUUCUGUGACAAGGCUGGGACAAUGGGUGAUGGAGCCAACAUCAACCCAUCUUGAGCCAGCUGAAGUGCUGUCACCUGUGUUUGGGACAAUCUGUACAUAUAAUUUAUGUCCUUGUGGAACUUUGUCUCUAGACAUAAAAAUUAGACUCUAGUAAGGAGAAAUGAAGGGGGCUAGGGGUGUGUGUGAUAGGAUUCCUUGUGGUGCAACCUGGAAUUGGGGUUCUACUGAGCCCUCUGACCUAUCAGCCUGGGCUCCCUCUCACCAGGGCCGCCCAGAGGAUCCAGGGGGCCUGGGGCAAAGCAAUUUUGGGGCCCCUUCCAUAAAAAAAUUGCAAUACUAUAUUCUUGUGGGGGCCCCUGCGGGGCCC